GCUUAUAUCGAAAAUACCGGGGCAAAAGCGGAGUGAUAUCGGAUACAUGGGAGGACAAUAGCCCGGCGACAUUUACGGCAUGGAAAGCAGGGGAACCUUCUAAAGGAAACUGUACUCGAAUGAACUAUCAUCUGUUUGACAAUGAUUAUACCUGGGAAACUGAAGACUGUGAACUCAAACUCGCUGAGUAUUUUGUCUGUGAGCGACAUAUUCAGAAAGUUUCAGUUAUUGAGGAAAACUAUUUGCCCAGAAAAAGUGAGUGGAUAUACAUUCCGGCGGCAUUGAUAGAUGGAUACUAUGUAGACUCGUUUAAAGACUUUUUUAAAUACAAUGGAACGGUAAAUACAACAUACUCUGGUAAAAGCUGCCAGAGAUGGGAUAAAAAUAUUCCGCAUUCGCAGACUGCAUAUGGUUACCAGUUUCCUGAAGACGAAUUGGUGACAGCCAAUGCUGCAAAUUACUGUCGUGAUCCAUAUGAUAAUGGUUAUCUUUGGUGCUUCACUACAGAUCCGAGAACUCGAUGGGAGCCUUGUAUACUAAAAGAUAAGAAGAAAGACGGCCAUGGGAUUGCGUAUAAAAGGUUUCAGAAGGUAUUGAACCACACAUACACUGGAAAGUCUUGCCAACUUUGGAACGAACAAUUUGUUGCUUCCGAUCAAAGUCUUUACUCCGAUGUUAUUUUCGAAGACAACAACUGUCGUGAUCCUUUCGAUCAAGGCUUCAUAUGGUGCUUUAUCUCUGGUGGCGGAUGGGAACCAUGUGAUGCGAAUGAAGCAUACCUGAACCAAAGCGAAAUAAACGAUCAAUUUGGGUAUAUAACAAACGAUGAGCUAUUCACAUGUACGGAUGGACAAAACAUUUCAAUGAUUAGGAAAUGUGACGCUAAAUUUGACUGUAUGGAUUACUCCGACGAGGCCAACUGUUGGAGAAACAUCAAUCUACAAGAACUUGCGCCUGGAAUGAAAAUUUCUUCUAACAUACCGUUUGGUUUCGAAAAUGGUUCUUAUUUCUGCUGCAAUAGAACAUUGGAAUGGAUAUCUAUUACCGAGUUUUGUGACGGUGUGGUCGAUUGUUUGGAUGUCUCGGAUGAAAUCAACUGUAAUCAUAGUGUUGGUGGAAAAGAAAAUGGUAGUUUCAUACAGUGCACUAAACAAAUCUUUUAACAAAACAUCUAAUAAUGUGUAAAAUAUCUUUUAAAAAUACAAUAUCAAAAUUGUUAGUAAUAGCAUA